AUGAGACACGGAACUCCCCGCAGUGCUGCGAGUUGCGGCCAGAUUUCGCUCGAAAGGAACGAGGAGAGCGGAGCUUCCUCGCACGCGGGGCCGUCGCUAUCCCCGGCCCGGUCGCCGCUACGACAGCGGGAAGGAAAUCACAGAACCGCGCUGCGACGGCGUGGCAGCGAGGCGGAUCUGCUUUUCCCCCAUUCACUAUCCACCCCCCCGCCCGCACCGUUGCCGUCCCGCGGCGUGCCCCACUCCCGCUCCGGGGAGUUCCGCAUCCAGCCAGGCGGUGACGGCGGACUCUCUCCCGUCCACCGCCGUCAAUCCACGCGGCUCCCCCGGCCUCCGUCCUCCCAGACCCUCAGCGCCGCGGGUGCCGCCAGGGGCCCCCGCCGCAACUCUCGCGCCCCGCAUCUGUCGCUCGAUGAGCAUGCGUUUGUCUCAGCGGCUCUCACGCCCGGCCGGCGCGUCAGCAACGGCUGCGAUCCCGCGAAUUAUUCUUUGUCACCGACGGCGCUCGCCGCCGAGCAGACGUCGCCGUACGGCGCGGCGAUGGACGUGGUUGCGUCGGCGCGUCAGCUGAUGGAGGAGUGCAGCGCGCGCGGUAUUCAGUGCGAACUCGACGACUGGCAGAAGCCCGAGGCGCCGCUGAAGAGUAACGCGCUCAUGCCGCAAUCCGCCAGCGCGGGGCUUGGCGUGGCGGAAAGGACGCAGGCGGAGGCGGUUUCCGGGGGAGGUCGAGGAAGGAAAGCUGGGCGGCAGCGCGCGGCUCGGGGGCAAGUCGUGGCAGGGCGCAACGGCGCUGGCGGCAAGUCGCAUCACCGGAUGGUCAGCGUGGACGAGCUGCUGGGCGACUCGCGACAGGCGGGGCUAUCAAACAGAGCUGCCGGCGGUGGCGGAGGCGUGAGGGUGAACGGCGGCGUCGGCGGAAUCGGCCUGCGAUUCUUCCAGGAAUUCGACGACCUGCCGCGGGAGCUGCUGCGCGAGAUGCUUGCCGCCAACGCCGACGAGCUUGGCGUUUUCGAGCAGCGAAAUGGUCGGGAGGACGCGAUGUUGGACGGUCGGGUCGGCGCAAAGACUCGCGCGCGGCAUGCGGGCGAGCGGGUCUCGCCAGGGAUGAGUCGACGAGGGGCGAACGGGAGCGGCACGAGCGGUGUAUCAUUUCGCAGCGGCUGGGAUGCUCUCGAGGCGGAUGUAGACAGUGACACGCGCCGGUGGGGAGGAGGCGGAAAGGGGUUGAUGCCGAAGAUGCGAAACGAGAAGGCGGAGGACAGCGAUUUAUACGCCUUGGAGUUCGAGGAGAAUGGAGGCGACGCGCAGCAGGAGGAAGCAGCGCAGACGUUAAGAGAGCAGGUGAUUCUGUCGCAGCAACCAAUGGCCGGAAAGUCCAUGCUCGGGUCGCGAAUGGCAACUGAGGCGCACUCCACGCUCACGCCGUCCCCUCAAGGUUCCCGCUCCCGCACUCCCCCGCGCAACAUGCCUCUCCCGCGGAGACGCCGCGAGUCCGCGCAGUUGCCAAGCUGUGCGUCCGUGCCGUCCUUCCAGGCGUCGUCCCCUCCGUCUUUGUCCGCCAAAGAACGAGAGCUCGGGCUUCCGCCCGCCGUGCCGCGCGCGACUUCAAAGCAACCCGUGUAUCGCACUGGCUCAGUGAUAAAUGAACGUCACGCCGGGUCGAGCCCGACAUCUCCCAGCCUUGAACACGGAAACGCGUCGAGCCUAGUGUACCCCCAAACGCAAGCUGCUGCCGAACUAGGGUCCCUGGUUGGGCCCAAGGCACGGGGUGCUCGGCCAGAGCAGCAGCCACCGAGGCAUGCGCGCAAGUACAACAGCGGGAGCCAGCUGGACGUGUUCGCGGGGUUCCGCUCACACUCGCGGAGCAGCAGCAGUGGCAGUGUGACAGAGGGAGCCAGCGGAAACUGCGCGCAGUGGGAAGCGGUCGAGGCGGCGCUUAUGGCUUGUGCAGGGAUGGGUGAAGGUUUCGGCUGGGGUAAUCAAGCAGGUUCGGAUGCAGGCACGGGCGGCACGGGCGUACACGGGGCUAAGUGGGGAAGCCUGAGCCUUGGUCUGGAAGGCCUCAAGCUACAAGGCGCGCUCGCCUCAGCCGUGCCAAAUUUGAAGCCGACGGAUUUCGUGCUGCGGAUGCCGUACGAUGACAUCAAGGGGCGAUACUCUCUAGGGAAGAAGGAGAUUGGCGAAGGCAGGUUCGGAACCAUUCGAACCUGUUUAGAGCGCGCCACAGGGCAGGUGUACGCGUGUAAAACAAUCUUGAAGAAGACUAUCGAGACAAUCGAGGAUGCUGACGAUGUUCGACGAGAGGUAACAUUCCUCGCCAUGCUUCGCGGCCAUCCCUCAGUUAUCACUCUUCAGGAGGUCUUUGAAGACGACAAGGCCAUCCACUUGGUGAUGGAGCUCUGUGCGGGGGGCGAUCUCUUUGACCGAAUCAAAUCACGUGGUCAAAUCCCGGAGGCCGAUGCAGCUCUCGUGCUGAAGCAGCUCCUGGAAGCCCUGCUGCACUGCCGCUCCCUUGGCAUUCUCCAUCGCGACAUCAAGCCCGAAAACAUCCUCCUUUGUAGCCCCAGCGAGAAUGUCCCUAUAAAGCUCAUCGACUUCGGCGUGGCUACAGUGCUCGAGGAAGGCUCAACGUGCCGGGAGAUGGCGGGAACACCGGAGUACAUGGCACCGGAGGUGCUCGACGAGUGUUACAACUAUGAAGCAGAUGUGUGGAGUGCCGGGGUGACCCUCUAUGUGAUGCUCUCAGGCGUGCCGCCCUUCUGGGAGUCGUCCAAUCGGACGCUCGAGGAGGCGAUCCGGAAAAAGAAGGUGGUGUUCAAGUACUGGAGGUGGGCGACUGUGUCCGAGGAGGCCAAGGACCUUAUAACGAGGAUGCUGGAGAAAGACCCUCUGGAUCGCAUCACAGCUCGCGAAGUGCUUGCACACCCAUGGAUUCAGAAGCACACCAAAGCAGCACAAUGA